AUGAAGGUAGAGAACGUCCGUCUGAUGGACCGAACGUCUUCCAAAAAGCCAGUCCUGGGGACUUUGUACCUGACGGCCACGCACGUCAUCUUUGUGGAGAACGUGCCCGAAACCAGAAAAGAGACCUGGAUUCUGCACAGCGAGAUCUCCUCUAUUGAAAAGCAGGCGACGACGGCCGGGGGGUGCCCACUGCUCAUUCGGUGCAAGAAUUUCCAGGUGCUGCACCUCGUGGUGCCUCAGGAGCGAGACUGCCAGGAUGUGUACAUCUCCCUCCUCCGGCUGGCCAGGCCAGUGAAAUAUGAAGAGCUGUUCUGUUUCUCCUUUAACCCCAAGCUGGAUAAGGAAGAGCGGGAGCAAGGCUGGAGGCUGGUGGAUCUCCGAGAGGAGUACAAGCGCAUGGGCAUCCCCAACAGCUGCUGGCACCUCAGCGACGUCAACAGAGACUAUCGGGUCUGUGACUCGUAUCCCACUGACGUCUAUGUCCCCAAGUCAGCCACUGCACAUAUCAUCGUCGGCAGCUCGAAAUUCCGAAGCCGCCGCCGGUUUCCUGCCUUGUCUUAUUACUGUAAAGACACCAAUGCCUCUAUCUGCCGGAGCAGCCAGCCUCUGUCUGGCUUCAGUGCCCGCUGUCUUGAGGACGAACAGAUGCUGCAGGCCAUUAGGAGAGCCAACCCAGGGAGUGACUUCAUGUACGUGGUGGACACACGGCCUAAGCUCAAUGCCAUGGCCAACCGCGCAGCAGGCAAGGGCUACGAGAAUGAGGAUAACUAUGCCGACAUCAAGUUUCAGUUCAUUGGCAUUGAAAACAUCCAUGUCAUGAGGAGUAGCCUGCAGAAAAUGCUGGAAGUGUGUGAACUUCGAUCCCCUUCCAUGAGUGACUUUCUCUGGGGCCUGGAGAAUUCUGGUUGGCUGAGGCAUAUCAAAGCCAUCUUGGAUGCAGGGGUGUUUAUUGCCAAGGCUGUGGCUGAGGAAGGGACCAGCGUUCUUGUACACUGCUCAGAUGGCUGGGACCGAACGGCCCAGGUGUGCUCAGUGGCCAGCCUCCUCCUGGAUCCUCACUACCGGACCCUGAAAGGCUUCAUGGUGAGCCUGGAAAUCCUGAAGGCUGCCAAAAACAGGUUUUGGAGCGGAAUGUAUAACCGCUUUGAAAAGGGCAUGCAACCUCGACAGUCAGUUACCGAUUACCUGAUGGCUGUGAAAGAGGAAACACAGCAACUGGAGGAGGAACUGCAGGUCUUAGAAGAGAGGCUGGAAAAAAUCCACAAGAUUCCCUUGAGCCACACACCCGGGAAGAGAGAGAGCAAAUGUUCCGGGCUGUCUGCCUUGACAACCCCCAGUGUAGUGAACAUCCCUCAGGACUCCAGUGGCCAUCUAAAGCCAUCGCCCUCUCGGAGCCCUUCCCAAGGAGAUGAUGAUUCCGCCCUGAUUCUCACUCAGGAGAACUUGAAGAGCUCAGAUCCUGAUCUCUCCGCCAACAGUGACCAGGAGUCUGGGGUAGAGGACUUGAGCUGCCGCUCCCCGAGUGGAGGUGAGUGCUUGCCCAGUGAAGACAGUGGCAAGGACCCUGAUCCUGAUGAGGCUGUGUUCCUCACUGCCUGAGUCCCCGUGAGCCAAAGGACUGCCAGAAACAGGAAACAUUUCCUGCAAGAGGGGAGUCGUGCAAUCCCAAAUGGAAUGGCCAAGGAGAGUGGGAAAUGGGGUCAUGUAGCCAGGGUUGUGAACUUUAAUAGAAAAUUGCCUUUGGCCUUUCCAAAUGGCAGAAGACUUCCUCCCCCCUCUCCCCCCCUUCUAGGUAUCAUAUGAAAAUCAAGGUAGAGAAAUAAAUUUGUAAACAUAAAUCAUAGGACACGGG